GAGAUAAUUCUCUCUAGGCAAAACCAGAAGCAGCAGCAGUACCCAAGAAACACACAGGCAGAGCCGAAUCACACACACCCUGCAGGAGAGGCAGGAACACUUCUAGCUAGCAGAGAUGAGCAGCUUGGCCCUCUUCUCGCCAAGCUCCUCCUCCUCCUCUCUGUUCCUCACAAAGCAGGCCAACCCUACCAAGGGGAGGGCGCCUACGGUUGUGAGGUGCAGCUAUGGGCCCACCCUGUCAGGAUCACAUGAAGAGGAGGGGAGAGAGGGGGUGAUGGUGGCCUUGGUAGGGAGGAGAAAUGCACUGGCCUCUGCAGCAGCAGCUUGUGGAGUUUCGGUGCUUGGCUUUGCAGGCGAUGGCCUGGCAGCGGCCAAGCAGGGCCCGCUGGCAGGGAGGAUCCCCGGGCUGUCUGGCCCUGAUCAGAAUGGUUGGAAAACAUACCGCAGGCCGGAUGAAAAGUCUGGCGGCCACGGAGUCGGCUGGAGCCCGAUCAUCCCGUACAGCUUCAAAGUUCCUGAUGGCUGGGAAGAGACACCAGUGUCGAUUGCUGAUCUCGGUGGCACGGAGAUCGACCUGCGGUUCGGAAACCCCAAGGAGGGCCGAUUAUCUGUCAUUGUAGCGCCCACUCGUAGGUUUGCAGAUGACCUUGAUGAUGCAACAAUCGAGAAGAUCGGCACACCGGAGAAGGUGAUCAACGCCUUUGGACCGGAGGUCAUCGGCGAGAAUGUGGAAGGGAAGGUUCUGUCCACAGCCACAGCUGAGUACUCCGGAAGAACUUACUACCAGUUCGAGCUGGAACCACCUCACAUCUUCAUCACAGCUACGGCUGCUGGGAAUAGGCUCUACCUGUUCAGCGUAACUGCAAACGGGCUGCAAUGGAAGAGGCAUUACAAGGAUCUGAAGCAAAUAGCAGAAUCAUUCCGCGUAGUCUAGGGUGGUUCCACUGGGUUCGUUCAUCACAUAAUCUGUUUCAUUACUAGAGAAAAUGAGGGAUGCCGUUAUGUAAAGGGAGGGUAAGUACACAUCAUUUGUAACGAUGAUUUUCUAGCUGAAGAAAUUGAACAUUGUAUGUAA